CUGUACCAAAAACUAUCAUGCCACAACCGGAUAAUGAAAAUAUAUCAGUAACAGACCCACCAUUGAUUGCAAUUUGCAAAAGCAGAAGCAGAAAGAACAUUCAUAAUAAUUGCAUGUCUUUCUUCUUAACAAGUGUUCUCUCUCUAGCUUCUAUUUAGUAUAUACACAACCAGCCAGGUAUACGAAAAGAUCAUUGUCAUCAACAUGGCCACCGACUUCAAAUCCAUCCCCGUCAUUGACAUUAGUCCAUUGUUGGCCAACUGUGAUGAUCCAAACAUGGGUGAAGACCCCGGUGUACGUAAAGUUGUUACGCAAUUGGAUCAGGCUUGCAGAGAGGCUGGAUUCUUCUAUGUGAAGGGCCAUGGUAUUCCUGAGUCCCUCAUCAAAGAGGUCAAAAAUAUUUCACACCAGUUCUUUGAUCAUCCGUAUGAAGAAAAACUCAAGAUCAAGAUGACUCCACAAGCUGGUUACAGGGGAUAUCAGAGAAUUGGAGAAAAUAUCACCAAAGGCAUCCCUGAUAUGCAUGAGGCUAUUGAUUGCUAUAAAGAAAUAAAACAAGGGAUGUAUGGGGCUCUUGGCAAACCCAUGGAAGGGUGUAAUCAGUGGCCACUUAAUCCUCCUAACUUUAAAGAACUGAUGGAGGAGUACAUCAACCUCUGCACAGACCUUUCAAGAAAAAUUAUGCGGGGGAUCGCUCUAGCAUUGGGUGGGUCACCAUAUGAAUUUGAAGGUGAAAGAGCAGGAGAUGCAUUUUGGGUGUAUCGUAUUAUUGGUUACCCAGGUGUUGCCAAUAGCCAUGGGAUGCCAGAAAAUGACAUUGGAUGCGGAGCUCACACUGACUAUGGUUUGCUGACAUUAGUUAAUCAAGAUGACGAUAUAACGGCUCUUCAGGUGAGAAACCGGUCUGGGGAAUGGAUAUUGGCUCCUCCCUUACCUGGUUCAUUUGUAUGCAACAUUGGUGACAUGCUGAAGAUAUUUUCCAAUGGUUUGUACGAGUCAACCCUGCAUCGAGUGAUCAACAAUUCUCCAAAAUAUCGGGUCUGCAUAGCACACUUUUAUGAGACCAACUACGAUACAGCAGUGAGCCUCUGGAGUUUGUAA